GCCAGACACGUCUCAAGAUGAAAGAAACAUUUAUCUAGACGCAAGUGUCCUUGCUCCUACGAUAGUCUCAAUAAUCAUUGUUUUACUUGCAAUGAUUGGUGUGGCUAUUUGCUUAAAAUUCAAUGCCCGUCGGCUGAACAUGCGUCGUGGUAGCCAAGGACUUUCCCGACCGCAUAUCACGGUUAACGACAAGGAAAUGGUCGCCCAGAGGGAACAAUACUAUUCGGCGGUCAGGAAGCCCCUCGCCCAGAGCCCCUGCAGGGACAGCAACGCCUUGGAAAGGAUACCGGAGUAUUCAGAGGACAUUUAUCCGUACGCAACAUUCCACUUACCAGAGCAAGAGAACAUGUCUGCGAAUUCGAUGCGAUCAUGCGUUUACGAUUCGAGGGACACAAUAUCGACGAAACAGAUUCGUCGAGCUUCUUCCGGAAUGGGAUCUCGAUCGAAAUCGAAAUCUUUCAAAGGCGAAACUGAAGAGUAUGACAGCUUGGGUUCCGACAGCGAUACUCCGAGCGGGGAACAAGCCCGCGGUUAUAGCCCGAGAGUGCGGUCGUCGGAGAAAGAAAGACGAUCGUAUGUGCAGCGACCGGUUCAUCAUAGUAAGUGCCCUGUUUCACAAUCGAGAAACAAACAUAUCAGCAGAUCCAAUUACUGAAGACUCGACAAUAGAAAUUAGCAGAG